AUGUGUCGGCCAGACGCCCAGCCAACACUGCUGCACUCCAGUGGAAACGAUGGGGUUACUAGCCAGUCUUCCGUUCAUGUGGCUCAUGAAAGGUUCGCUGCCACAAACGGUCCGUUGAGUGUGGUGGCCAUAUGCGGUAGCCAGUCCACACUGCUCAGUUUCGAUGUGGACGAGACGGCAGGCCACUUGCUUGAUGGUCUAGACAGUGGAGAAGCAGGAGGCAGCAUGACGGGAUUGAAUGUCGAAGCAGUCGAAACAUCAGAUGCUGUUAGUUUCGCUGGGCAUUGGUGCCAGGAGGGCCUUGCAGGAGGUGAAGCUGAGACAGAUCUGACCUCAGCAGGGUUUUGCCUCGCAAAUAUCCGGAACUCGAUCGCUGGGUGUGUGGACUUCUCCUUUUUGCCGGCAGCUAUGAGGUUUGGUUCGGCGACCCGCGCCGUGGUAAAUGGAGCGAAGGCACGCGUGGUUGGAAGUCUUUGCACGAAAGCUGUUUUGGCUGGGGCUGGUGCAGAUGCUGAGUUGGGGCCAGCUGAAGCAGUCGACGAAGUUGAGGUGCUGGAAGAGGCCUGCGAAGCUGCGGAGCUGGCUCAGCUUACAAUGGUUCUGACGGACUUCACCCGGGCACUGGAACUGCUUCGUGUCGUCCGGGGUGACGAGGUCAGCGCCUACUCCCAGAGCUCGGUGCGCGCUUUUCUGCGGCAGACGAAGGGCCAGCUCGAGGCAGAAGACCACUACAACCGGAAGGCUCAAGCCUUUGAGCUUGGAUCCGCGGAAGAUGCCCGGGCUGUUGGGUUUUACUUCGUCUCCUAUGCCUGGGAGCCCCCCUCUGGUCUUGAUGCGCGGAGAGGUGUCACUGAAGGCGAGACUCCUUUCCUGCCAUCCAUAGAGCAGCAGCAGGGAAGGCCUGAGAUUUUCGCCGAUGCCCGCGACUGGUAUGCACAGGCGCAGGCAAAGUCGCUGUACUUGGAGUGCCGAGGACAGCGCGAGCUUCACCCGCGCGACCUGCGGUUCUGGAUCGAGAGAGCUAGCCUACCACAAAGUGGGCCAAUCUUCGAGUUAGCCAGGAGCCAGUCUUUCUUUCUACUCGAGUACAUCCUCCUGUCAAAAGCGAUGAUUGCUGUAGCCUCGCCUCAUUACUUCUCCAGAGGAUGGUGCUUGUUCGAGUUCGCAUCGAAGCUGGCGACAGCUCCAGACUCAGACCCCGCAGCCCUGGGCAUAGCCUGGAAAGCCUUCGUCUCCUUCGGCAGCAGGAAAGACGGAUUUCCCGUGUCUCUGUAUGCCGACGUAAUACGCUUCAUCUCCAUUGAGACCGCGGAGUUUUCAGUGGCGACUGAUCGUGAAAUUCUGCUGAGUCACGUGGACAAACUCUUUGUCUCACGGGAGGCUUUUGACCGGUUUGCAAAGUUCGUUGCGCUGGCGCGGCUUGGCAGGUCAUGCUACACGCGUGAGGAUCGAAGACCCUUCGCGCUGGUGGCUUUGGAGGAAGGCUUCGAGGAACUGGGAGACCUGCUAGCGGCAGAAGCCCUUUUCGAUGCGAGGAAGAGCCCGGACGCCCUGCAAAGUUGCGACGAGGCUCUGCGCCCUCUGUUUGCCAAGGAAAGGAGACAAGCUGUUCGUAUACAUACCGUGGAGAGCUUGCAGCUCUUGGCGAUGCAAGCACGGCACGUGCAAACUCGUGCUCUGGGAGGAGGCUGGCGGCGAGCCUUGAGGUGUGCCAUCCAGGAGUUCAAGUGGGGAGAUUACACGACCAAACCGAACACCAGGUAUCGAUACACGCUCUGUGCCAUCCACGGCGACCCGCAAAUCGGCAUAGACUCUUCGCCCUCAGGAGGCCCAGCGAAACGCGGCCCCGGCCUGCAUGUGGCAGCCCAGGUGGAGCUGGAGGUCGUCAUCCCGGCAGCUGAUGGUGACCACCAGGUGUUCUUCAACCGUGGUGUGGCUGGCUCGCAGCGAUUUGCGCGCCUGUCAACGGGGACGCGAGAGAGCGGACCUCGGAGUUGGGAGCAGUGGCAGUGGCUCUCGAACGGACUGGAGGAGGCUCUGCUGAGCUUCAUCGGACGCGCCCACAAAGGAUUUGAACUGCGAUGCGCAUUCUACGAAGCGCAUUAUCCGCCCGUGAUGAGGGCGCUUGCAGCAGCUGAGAGGAGAGGUGCUUCUGUGCAGAUCGUCAUGGACUGGAAAAUUGCAUCGUGGUCAGAUGACAAAAAGGUUUGGUCCCAGCGCGGGCCACAACACUUGAACUAUUGGGCCUUGGCAGAGAGCGGUUUGCUCAACUCGGGGCGAGUGUUCCAUCGGACCAGGCCUUUAGCAGCCAUCAGUCACAACAAGUUCAUCAUCCUUACGGCGCCAGAUGGAGCACUGUCUGUGUGGACCGGUUCUACUAACAUAACUGCUGGCGCCAUCUUUGGUCACUCCAACGUCGGGCACAUUGUCGCACGGCCAGCCCUCUGCAAGAAGUACAUGGCGUAUUGGGAGCGGCUUACGCGGGACCCGGAGAAGAAGGAUUUGGCCCAGUUCAAUGAGCAGCUUUCCCCACUGCCCGAGGAGGAGAGCAAGUGGACUGAGCUGGUUCUCUUCUCACCGCGAUUGCGCUGGGCUGAUGCUUUGUCCUUCAUGGCCCAACUGAUCCUCAAAGCAAGGCACAGCGUAGCGUUUACUGCAGCGUUUGGCAUAAGUCGCGAAAUAUCUCCAGCACUCUUGGCCGCUGGGUCAGAAGGGGCAGGCAUGCCAGUGCCGACCUACUUGCUGCUGGAGAGCCAGGGCAAUUGGCAGGCAUCAAGAGAUGCUGUUCAAGCGCUGCAGCGAAAGUCCAAUGUUCGAGUUGCUUUUGGGAUGCACAUGGAGGUCCCUCCCGGCAAGCCGCAGCCACAAGGUGGGGCUUGGAUACCGGAGACGCUUACAGGGCUGAACGAGCAUGCAGCAGCCCAAGGGUCCGACGCCUACUCCGUGGAGUUUUUCCGCAUCUUCGAGCACAUGCGCUUUCGAAACCACGUGCAAGGCAUUGAUAAACGGGUCGAAGUGGAGCCUCCAGGUCCCCAGGCCGAGGCGCUUGACGAGGUGAUGUGUCGUUGUGGUCAAGCAGUCCAGCACCCAGUGCUGCUCAUCACGUGA